UUUGAUAGACUUGCUUUUGGACUGGGGGCAACUGUUCCAUGCUGGUUUCAAUUUUCAUGUUUGGAAAAUCAAGCCCUCAGCUUUGUCUCGGCAUCGUAUUUGCUUUCAUUGACUUGGAGAUCAAUGGCGCAAGUUUUAGUGUCCUUGACUUAGAACAGUUCUCUCUAGUUUCAAUAAAAUCCUGUUGUAAGGUUUGCGGAACGGGUCCAGACAUGGAAGAAAGCUUCGCAAACAACUCAGGCCUCUGUGGACGACCUUUAGAACCAUGUGUACACCAUAGAUUGGGAUUUGAUUGGUUGAAGAAGGGGUUUACGAUUGGGUAUGCAAUCUCCUUUGUUUUGAUUGUAGUUGCUUUGAUUCCCUACGACAUACCUCCAUGGCUGAAGUUGAAGACCAGGAAUAAGAGGCUGCAGAUGAGAAGGAAUAUUAAUCAAGUGACAGAGUUAGCCAUUGUGGAUAACCUACGAGAAGGUGGCAAAGAGAUUCUCAAGUUAGAGAAGGUGGUCCCAAGGUUAUCUUACAGAGAUCUCAGCAAUGCAACAAAUAAUUUUUGUGAAAGGAAUAUCAUAGGGUUGGGAAAGAUGGGUAUAGUGUUCAAGGCAACACUGAGCUCUGGUGGUUUCCUUGCAGUCAAGAAAUUACACUAUGCUCAAUUUCUAGAUGAGCAAUUCAUAGCUGAACUGAAGAUGCUUGGCAUAAUGAGACACAUCAAUUUACUUCCAUUACUGGGAUUUUGUAUACAUUCAAAGGAAAGGCUUCUGGUCUACAAAUAUAUGCCAAAUGGUAGCCUUCAUGACUGGCUGAAACCUGUAGAAACUCAAGCAAAAAACCUGGAGUGGCCUUUGAGGGUUAAAAUUGCUACUGGGUUGGCAAGAGGUUUGGCAUGGCUUCAUCAGGGAUGUAAUAUCCAUAUAAUCCAUCUCAAUAUAAGCUCAAAGUGUAUCUUGCUUGAUCAUGAUUUUGAGCCCAAGUUGUCAAAUUUUGGAGAGGCCAUGCUCAUGAUUCCCAACAGCAGUUCCUGUGCCAAUACUGAAGUUUGGCAAAUGGAUUUUGUCAAGGAGGAUGUCUAUAGCUUUGGGAUUGUGCUUCUUGAGCUGAUUACAGGGAAGGAUUCAAGCAAAAUGAGUAGUAAUCAUUCCUCAAACAGCAAUGAUGGUUCUUCAAAUGAAUGGGUUACUCAUCUUCUGGAUAAUAAUUCUUCCAAUUUCCAUGAUCUGACUGAUAAAUCUUUGAUUGGACAAGGAUUUGAUGAUGAGAUCCAUGAGUUUGUUCAUAUUGCAGUGAGUUGUGUUCAUCCCAAUUUGGAGCAUAGACCAACAAUGUGGCAAGUAUAUGAAGAGAUAAAAGCAGCGGGAAACAGAUAUGGCUUCAUUGAUCAGAAUUCUAAAGCAUGGACGAGACGUGGAGGAAAAUCUGUUGAAAUUGAAGUAGCGGAAAGAGGAGAUGUAAAUUGGUAGUUUGGUACAGCAGAAAUAAAUGUGUUUGUGUAUUCUAUGGUUUUUGCUCCAAGAAAAUAUAAAUGAUAUUAUGCUAUAUUUAUUAAGCCAUAAUGCAAUAUGCUACAAUUCAACUUCCUAUUGAGAUUAAUUUGGCCUUCAUAUAUUUUCAAUUUUAUUAUAUAUACAGAGUUCUUUUUCA